CUUAGCUAGAUGUAGCGCUUAGUAGGAGUUGGGUGGAUUUCAAGGAAGGUCUUGACCAACCACGCUGGUGCUAUUGAGAGAUUGGUAAUUCUUGCGUGCAGUUAUCAUUCCGACUACUCAUCUACGGAUUUUUUUAGCAACACUCCGACGAGGGAAGAUAGGCAAGAUGGUGAUUGGAAGUGAUUUAACCGCGCCACCGCGGACCAUGUCUACCGUUCCACGUGUUGGCGCGAAAUCUACAGCCCCUGGUCCAGCGCGACCGGUGAGCAAGAAUGUCUCAGGGCCGGCCGCGGCACGAAGCGGCCCCCCAGGAUCUUCCGUGGCGCGUGGUGGUUCAUUAUCCUCUAGUACUGCCACCUCUGCUGGUGUUACUCCUGUAAAUACUACAACAGGAGUUGUUUCUAGACCGAAACCUAAGUCCAAGACGAUGACAUCUUCUAAGGAUGGACUAACUGCUUCGUCAUCCACAGUUUCCGGUGUGAAGCCGAAGACUCCUGGUACAGCGACGAGUCAGGUCAUUUCCAAGGAUCCUAGAGCUAAACCGACUACGGGAACAGUAUCGGCGCAAAUGAAGGGAGCGGUUGGUGCUGCGGCAAAAGAGGAAACAUCCGACCCACUGCAGAAGGCAGCUAAGCAGAAGUGGUGCUACGAGCGCGUAAAUGAGUUGAACAAGCGACGAGAUCAGCUAAAAAUGCGAAUAGAGCAACGGGCAGAAGAGCUUCGAGAUAUUACUGCGAAAGUGGCUGCUGAGAGUGGACAAACAACUCUUAUGAUGAGAAAUGGUGGAUAUGCUUCUUGAUAGCUGCUGGCACCUGUUCCUCUUUUGCUACUGAGGUGGCGCCAACAGGUUGAUGAAAUAGUAAUGUCCGCUAAUCACGAUAAUAGCUCGCAACAAGCAGCAACCAAGCAGACGAUGGACACGCAGACGAGCAGCGGUGUGGAACCCCAAUAUGUCGAGCAAGUAGGUAGCGACCACAGCGUCAACAACGCCAACAGCUCCUCUACACAACCACCGAGUCUUUUUGCACCCCCCGAGCGUGCUCCCCGAGAGAGGCUGAGGAUCCUCACUCGCGAACGCGCGGCACGUCGUGCGGAGUUUGAUAAAUGUACAGCGGAAACCGCGAAAUUUGAGGCUGAAACGCGAGAGCUAGAGCGGGACUGUGCCAAUCUCGCCCGCAGUUUGGAAAAAUGGAGUUCGAACGAGGAAACUUCGCGUUCAUCUACGAAAGAGUAUCUCGCGAAAAAGCGGGAGCUCGAAGCCGGAAAAGACAUAGAUUCGCAACGUAUCAUUCGUUUGAAAGUAACUUGGCACGAACUAAGCUCUGGAUUAGACUGUGUGGGCUGUGCUUCAGAGGAUACUUUUUAGAAGAUGGCAUUACGUCACAGUUACUUCUAAAGAACAAUCGAGGUAUUCAAGUCAUGUGUCCUCAAGAAGGACCUCCUGUAAGCACCCAAUCGAAUUUUUUUACUUCAGGUCGCCAAUCCCUGGAGGCAGGUCUGUCCGACGGCAUCGCGGUUCGAGAACGUCUGAAGAUGGAGGUGGCGCAGGAGCGUGAAAAGCUAAAAUUACUGGAGUCUGCAUGGGUUGAGAAAGAAGCAAGUAUGCGAUUAGAAAAAAUGAGAACGCAAAAUUAUGACUUGAUACUGAACUCUGAGAACUGGUGGGCAUUGAUUACAUCAUUCGGCUUCACCUUGAACAGUUGAAUGAGUUGUAGGUAUCUUUAUGACAUCUUGGCAUGACUGCUUGUAUCAUUCGAGACUCGAGGGAUGUCGACUCUAAAUACCGCAACUGGACGUUGUGUCGCAGGAGGAAAGGGCUUUAGCAUCGCAAACAGAGAUUGUACUCGCGCAGCUGGACGCCUUCAGACUGCAGGGCGACUACCGCCGAACCAAAGAACGCUUCCGCCAGUACUGCGACCUUUUAUCCUGGAUGAGUUAGAGUUGUGUUUUUGAAACGAUCUAGAACGAUUCUGGUACGUACACACGGAAUUUGUGGAAGAGCAUCUCAUUUCCUUUCCAGUUUUUCUAGUCUGAUUGUAGUGUCUGUGUCAUUCAUAAAUCACUCAACAUCCUUCCAGGAUGGAGGAGUUAGCCGCAGUACGCCUACAGGAAAAAAAUGGCAUGUUCGAGCAGCUUCGGAAUUUGCAGGAAGUUCAUCAAACAAAAAAAGCGGAAUAUGUUAUGAUUUGUUUCACUAGACUGGUCCAAGAAACAAGAACAAAGAUAGAAACAAGAUCCUUCAGGAACAGGCCAGUAUUUAUAAUGUCAUACGUCAAUGAUGCACGACAUUUUCUUCAGUUGAUGCCAGAUACUGUCCACUACCCAUGGUGUCGAGUCCCGCCAGUGACUUGGUAGAUGACACAUUGGACACGUGACAUAACUCUACCCAUGAUCAUUCGACCGUAUUCUAAUCCAAAGCAGUACGAACGGAAAGUUGCGAGCCUGCAGAGGGAGGUCUUGGAAAAGCAGAGUGACUGGCGACUGCAACAUUUGAAAACACUCGAUGAACGCAUUUGUAAUCGUCGGAAGCUGCUUGGCGGUGAUCGCACUUACGUACCGGUUCGUACUGGUGUCUCAAUGACCCUGAAUACGAUGGAACAAGUGUCGCAGGUGUGAGGACGACUACUGUUUUAUGAGGACGACCACUGUGUUUCAUCUCACCAAUGAUUGACGCUAUUCAUUUGAGGUGCACACGCGACAUUUUACGAGGACGAAUCCCACGAACACGACGGAGGACUUCACGGUUUGAGUGGGGCGUCGCUGUUAAGCGGCUUUAAGUGGACUUGUUUCUUACUCAUUUUAUUAGGAGGAACAUUGGAUGGCGUGAAGGUGAAGUUGCGCUUCCUUUUGCUAAAAAAGCGUGUAAUAAUUCAAAUUCUUUUAACAGAGCAUGAGUACUUGACAUCUAUGUAUAAAGCUGCUUUCGAUUUCCUUUGGAUGAAACGUGAUUGCUUAAUUAGGUUCAUGCAUGCAAGCUAUUUUCUUUUCUCGCGAAUUAUCAAGGUCGUAAGUUCUUUGUUUUUUCCACGCUAUUAUGUACGGAUGUAGCUCUUACAUUAAACGACGUGAUAUAAAAAAGGUAAGUAAAUGCUGGUCCGAAGUCGCAGUGCUUAUGUAAUACCAGUCAUUCGUGUGGGAACAUUCAUUUCUUUUUACAUCGGUUCUAUGAAAAAUUGUUGAGAUUUUAGAAGCCAGGCUGAUCGAACCGAAACUUGGAAGUCUAGUCUUCAGUUGCUGAGUUCAUUAGUAGUGGUAGACUAUAAUGGGCGAGUACGAAAAAUCCAAUUCUGAGGUACAAGAUGAAUGGGCAUGAGACUGGGAGAACAAAAUGAGUCAACCAAGCCAAUCCAAAUCCAAUGAUGUUUGUG